GCCUAGAUACGAACUCAGGAGGUGGCGCAUGAAGCGCCGUCCUCCGAGUGAAACUGGCCUCCGUUGUAGGCCAUUGUGGCUCUGGCGUCAGCACGCACUCAACGGGUCCCCCUUCCCCUCGCUUGAGCCCGAAUGUCGACAUUUUCCCCGUCGCCGCUCAAGUGGCACUGGAGGCGAAAACACUAGCGCCAUUUCUGUCGGCGUCCAUGAUACGCUAUGCGACCGCAGCGGAUUCCAGAGCCCGACGAGCUCGGAACGGCAGCGACGGAGAAGUAGCCGCUCGCCUUUCGGUGUUCCUCUCCUCUUCAGCCCACUCGCAGGUGGCGCUGGUGAAGUGAUCACUCCAACAUGGGUGCCUUCGUGUGACGCAAACACGUCUUGUGUUUUGCUGUGCGGCAGCAUAAGCCAUGCCUGACGAAUAAAACCACCCUUUUUGCUAAUAGCAACAAAAAAAGGGGGGGGGGAAUCCCACAUGCCUCCUCACGUAGAACCCCUUCAGUGCAUCCCGCUGGAGUGAUUGGCCCACCUUCCAGAGGUUCCAGGUUCUGUCUCGCCCCCUCCUCUCUGUACUUGUCCCCCCCCCCCCACCACCCUCAACCACCUGACACACAACUCAUCGCAAUGCCAAUCCACCUGAGAAUAACCAACACCUGAGGUCUCAUGCGUCCAGUGAGCGCCGAUUCAGACGGUCCUGCUCCUCCCGCGAACCUCUCUUGGCCCUACCCGCUCGUGGCCCCCCUGCCUGCCUCAGAGAUGUCCCUGCUCCAGUCGCUGGGUCCAGUGCAAAACUGGCUGGGCCAGGAGCUGGAGAAGUGCGGGAUCGACGCCAUGAUUUACACCCGCCAUGUCCUCAGCCUCCUCCUGCAUGACAGUUAUGACUAUGACCUGCAGGACUACCUUCAUGAGAAUGACAUCUUUUUGGGCUGGGAGAAGGGAACUGGGAAGAAAUGGGGCAAGAGUAAGAAGAAGGGAGGGACCGACCUGAGUCUCGAGGAAAUGAAGAAACAAGCGGCGGUGCAAUGUCUUCGUUCUGCGUCUGAUGAAAACUCUGGAAUUGAAAGCCUGGUUGAGGAGCUUUGCUCCAAACUUAGGGACAUUCAAAACAAACAGAAAGAGGAAAAACAGAUCCAAAAGAAGGCUGAUGGUGCUCAUUCUCCUGAUCGAGUUGAGUCCCCCUCUUCGAAGGAUCAGGUGGAAAUGUAUUAUGAAGCCUUCCCACCUUUAUCAGAGAAGCCUGUUUGUCUCCAAGAGAUCAUGACCGUGUGGAACAAAGCCAAGGCAUACUCGAGUUCUUCGUCCUCGGCCGCUCCGCAGACCAGCACAGACACUUCCUCUCCAAAAGAUUGCAACAGUGAAUGCGAGGCUGCCAAGGAGCGGAACCCUGAAGUGGCGGUACCAUCACCAGUGUGGACAAACGAGAGAGGCCAACAACGCCGAAGCAAGAAGGAGAAAGAGAACCGAUACCAUGGUGGUGCUGCGGCAGAAGAGAAGAACACCGGCCACUCCAAGAGACAAACGAGACACAGGUCUGGGGGCAAAUAUCGGGCCCGAUCCUGGUCUUCUGGCUCUAGCGAGGCGGGCUCGAGCUCAAGUGGGAACCCGGGUGACAAGUCAUUCAGAAGCAAGGCGGUUAGAGUCAGGCACAAAUCCAGAGAAGUUGGGAAGAGUAAGAGACAGCGUAAUAGCGGACAGUUGAAGCUUCAGCUGAAGGCUAUUGACACGGAGGAGCGACGGAAUGCAGGAGGAAGCAGAGCCACUGCGGGCACGGGCAAACCACCACAGCUUUACAAAAAGAGUAGAAGAUCCCUAAAAGAGGUUUCUCACGAUCCAGUCUGGGCGCAAGAAAAUGAGGUGGGGUUUGAGGACAGAAAUGCAAAGGAAUACAUGGAGGAGCCACUUUGGUACACUGAGCCCAUCACAGACUAUUUUGUACCUUUUAGCAGCAAACAAAGCAAGCUGGAGACAAAGUAUCGAAGCAAAGUGGGCUCUCCCGAAGACUUGGCCCUGUCAGCAGACAUGGCUUUCCUGCCAGAGAGAAUCCAGGGAAUCUGUUUUGCCAACGAGAACUACCAGAGAACAUACCUUGCUGCGGGCUCAUUUGUCGACGGCCACUUUGUGGAAGCGCCCGGCGAAGCAGAGAAGGAGACUGCUGAACUCAUUGGGACCUCUAGCUGCCCUCAGCCAGAGGAUAGUGGACAUUUAGAUGACAAGCAUCUGCCAGAAUUCACCGACUUCUAUGAAGUUGAUAUUUAUCAAUCCAUAUUGGAUACUAGUGCCUCAGACUCGUUACAAGAGAGUCGGAUCCUCGGCAUGAUUCGACAAAAGAGCAACGAGCAAAGAGAAUCUUGUUUAGUGUUAGAUGGCCUGGAGCAGCAAGGGAACGGUGCAAUAAGGACAGACUUGGAGGAAGCUUCGGGAUCUUAUGGGUUUCUCAUGGAGGAUCUCGACAAUUUGGCUCAAGUCUGGGGAUGCUACUCGCCCUCUACUUCAGACGAUAUAGACGGAGAAAGCUUCUUGGGCGACUCACCCGUUCGGCUCUCCCCCCUCCUCGAUAGCGUUUCUUUCACCCUGAGGAAUCUAUCCGGAAAUCUGGUGGAGCCGCAAAUUCCCGAGGCCGUCGGCGAGCCGUCUGGCUUAAACUCGUCUCGCUUCUCUCUUUUUGAGCUGCAGUAUGACAGUCCCACUCUUUCUUUUCCCCACGAGUCCCUCUCUGUCGCUCACGACAGCAACACCGAUCCCGGUAGCUGUCUCGACCCGCAUGCUAAUAAACAGUCUCGUUUGCUGAUAUGGACCAAAAAUAGUGCCUUUGAUGAAACUGAACACUGCUCCAACCUUUCAACACGUACAUGCAGCCCAUGGUCACAUUCAGAAGAGACUCGUUCAGACAACGAGCACGGGAAUAUCCCCACAGAGGAGCCGGCCGCUCUGAUUGGCACUGAAGAAAUUGAUUGUAUCAUCCCUCCUAUUUCUGGUACAUAUCUAGAAGAUGAAAUCUUGGACUUCUUGCAGGAAGACUCUGGGCGCAAAUGUGAGGAGACGAGUGUUUGCACAGCAUCCUGUCAGACGUACACCAAAAAAUCUAAAUUGGAGUCCCUUUGUGGAAUAGCGUUGGAAGACGACGAGAGUAAACAGUACAGCGUGGGCAUUUUCUCAGAUAACACAAAGCAACAGAAGGGCGGGUACAGCUCAGGAAUAAUCAAAGAUAUUUGGUCUGCAGUCGGGGAGGCCAAGUUGGUGGUGUCAAGGCAAAGCGCUAAGAAAAUGAGCGAGACUGUAUUUUCCGAAGACUCUGGUGGUUACUGUGGCAGCUGUCUGGAGGUGCAGGCCAAAGGUGUUCAGAAAAAAGCUGUGCAGCGCUCAGAGUAUCACCUCUGGGAGGGCAAGAACGAAGAACAGGACUUGGCCAAAAACAAACUCUCCAAGUUAGAUGGCGCCGGGGAUUACAUGACUCCGUCCAAACCCUGGGACUUGAGAUCAGAUAAAGACGGUACAUCUUUCAUCAUCGGUGGCGUGUACGGAGAGUUCAAGACGUUAAGUUGCGAUAAGAAUUGGGCUGUCGUGCCACCAAAUGAAUCUCAACGUAGCUCGCUCCAGUCUGCCGCCGCAUCUGCUUCUAGUUCCGAGAUGCUCACAAUCGCCGGCGCGGACGUGUUCGUCAACAAGGGCAGCUGCUUUGCUCCAGGACACCGGCGCCUGUGGCGGCCUCUUGUGUCCUUCGGCCAAAGCGAGCGCGCCAUUACGGGGAGCCGAGACGGCUUGAAUAAGGGAUUUUCUUUGAUCUUCCGGGAAGAUUUGCUGGGAUCUUACGACGGCUUGCGUAGCGAGGAGCAACGUUUAGAAUACCCAUUUGCCUCCUUCGACCUGAACAAUCCCUUCUCUCAAGUUCUCCAUGUCGAGUGUUCCUUCGAGCCAGAGGACAUGGCUUCCUUCAGUCCAGGGUUCAAGCCCAAAUCUAUUCUGUGCUCUGACUCUGAGACCGAAGCCUUCUGCCCGCAAAUUUAUGGCAUCAACCAAACGCAGUACAGGGCCAUUCGCAUUUCCCCCAGGACUCAUUUCCGACCAAUAUCGGCCUCAGAGUUGUCUCCCGGCGGAGUGAGCGAUUCGGAGGCAGAGACCGACAAAGAGGAGGCGAGUUUUCCCGUCCUGGCGCCGGUGGAUGUCUGCGAUGAUCCGCAGGCAGAUCUCAAACCACUAGAGGAGGACGCAGAAUGUGAAGGCCCGUAUUAUGGGAAAUCUGAACUGGAAUCUGGUAAAUUCCUGCCGAGAUUGAAGAAGUCUGGCAUGGAGAAGAGUGCCCAGACCUCUCUGGAUUCACAGGAAGGCCCCAGUGUCCUUCUGCCCAUUGCUGAACAAGAAAGAUUUUUAGACUGCCAAACAGCAGAAGAUGCAUCAACUGCAGGUGGGCAGAAGAACACCUCAGUUGGCCCUCUGCAAAAAGAGGGCUCUCCGGGGGAAAAACAGACGUACUUGUGUGCAGCGGCAGGCCAAAUCCCGAAAUACGGGAUUGCGUACGACUUUGUCGGAGACGUGCCAGAGUUCCCUCUGUUGAAUAUAAGCGGACAGAGAGUAAGUGGCAGCCAGGACGAUGAGUGCUGGUGGCAAAACACGCUCUGCCCCCCCUUGUUCCCUGGCUCUCAAUGUACAGGUAACGCUCAUCCCCUCAUUAAGAGUAAGCGGUGCCUUGAGAUACGAGCUGUUUUGUUUGGUUUUUUUCCUUUGAUUUGCAAGCGCGAACUUUACAUACGAGCACUGCAUGGUCGAAGUGUCAAAUGUUUUUUCUUCUAAAUAUUCUUCAAAAAAAUGAGGCUUCAAACUGUUAACUGCCACACUCAGUUUACACUUUGUGUAUUUAAAACAACCACAUAGCUUAUCCUCUAGUCUGUUAGCUUAAGGCUAUUGCUAACAGGAAAUUAUUAGCAUCUAAUUUUAUCCUUUUAGGAAUUAAUAUUUGAACACAACUGCGCAACAACACGUGUAGACAGACUAUAUAACAAUACUCCGUCAUAGACGGAACAAAUGUAUCUCAAGGCACCACUGGACAUUUGAAAAUGUUUGAACUGAAGGUAUCCUUUUUAAAGUAACUGAUUUCUCCUCUAGGGAGCAGCAACAUUUGAGUUCUUCAGUUCGCAGUGGACUUGUGUUGGCGAGAAGAAAGGUUGCUCAAUUUUCGGUGACUGGACCGCUACCAGCUUUUAUUCAGGUUCAUCUCAGAGCCGCCAAACCAAACGUAGGCUAAUUUCUCGAGCUUUCCACAGACCCCCCCCCCCCGCUCCCCACACAAACGCAUAACUGCUGUUUUUUUCAUUUACUAACUCGAUGCUUGUGUAAUCAACAAUCAGCUCAAUGACAAAAAAAAAAGUGAGUUAAAAUAGGAUAACGAAAAAAGUUUUGUUUGAGUGAUGCCAUGUGCUGAUAUCCAUAUAAAGCAUUUAGAAUCUGUUGCAGCUGAUGCAGCUUUCUUUCAGUUUUGCUCCUUCCACCACCUGCUUUUCAGCUACUAUACUUGGACAGUUGGUGGCAUCUGAAUGGUUGUGCAUGCUCGUGUGUCCAACCAGUCUCUUCUUUUUUUUCUUCUUUUCUUGUUAAAAUAGGAAACAAAAACCUAAUUACCGGGUAAAACAACUGUAAUCCCAUGCGCUACUCUUCAUCUUCUGUUGGGAAAGAUAACGCUGCAAUCUUUGAGUUGUGCUCUUCAAUUUUCUAUAGUUUGUUUGGAUGAAUUUUUGAAAGAAGUAGAGAAUGUGUGCAGGUUUGCUUGUAACACAUUCACUGCCAUUGACGGCUUUAGAAGUCAAAGAUCCAUGUUAACUGGGAAGGCUGGCAGUGAGUGAGUUAAGGUGAGUUGCCCCAGUUUAUCAUGGAAGAUGAGUUUUUGAGAACCUAGUUGUAGAUUAAGGUAUGAUUUGUGAGGGGGGGGGGUAUCAAAAGUGGAAAAAAAAAAAAACCACACAAUCUCAUACCGGUCUACUUAACUGCAAUUCUCCGAAAUAAUUUGCUCGGAGGGGGAAAAAACCUUAAUGAAAGUAAAGACCCGCAAAAAUUUUCCGCAGACAUCCUUUUGCAUCUGAAUUGAACAGUUUUGUUCGGGUUUUAUUUAUUUUAUUAUUAUUAUUUUUUAAUAAUCCUGUGUUACUUCAAUUGUACACAUUGGUGCUAUAAAUAUUUUCCAACAUGUGGCUAUGGUAAAACCUUUUUUUUUUUUUUGUAGAACAGACGGUCAGAAUCCUUUUUUUUUUUUUUCUCUCCAAAAAUUGUAAAACGGAGAAAAAUAUUUUUCUGGAUUACUGUUUAAUGUGGUUUGCUUAUUUGGUUAUUUCAUUUUAAUGUAAUCGUUUUGAGUUGUCAGGCCUGUAACACUGAAGCGUGAAUAUUUGCAGAGAGGAAAAUCUCACGUAUUUCCUUUCAGUUCAUUGUCCCGAGGCAAAAUGUAUAAACAACUCUUGACUUGGAGUACGUUUGUGUUGCAAAUCAGUUAAUCUUGCAAAAGGUAAACAUGGUUUAAAAAAACAAAACAAAAACCUAAAUGCCAUAAUUACACUACAAAGUACGCUUGGAUUAUUAUUAUUUUUUUUUUUAAAUGUAUGGUGUGUUUUCCUUUUUGUUUUUGGUUCACCAUAUACCUCGUUGAUAUAUUAAGUCAUAUUACGAUGCGCGUGGACAACAAAUUUGUCACAAUUGUUGUGAUUCGGCUUCAAUGGUGAAGGUGUACGCAUGCAUACGGUCUUAAAAAUCUAAAAAAAAAAAAAACGAACAAA